UUGUGUGGAUGAUGUAAUUAACAUGGUCUAAAAUAUUACAAAAUGUCAUUUUGUAGUAUAAAAGGAACAGAAAGUACUCAAACAUAUCAAACACUGAACGGAAACAGAGAGGACAGGAAAUGGGUUGUGGCUUGUUAGUUCACAGAUAGUUUCCUGGUCAAAACUGAGAGGCGUUUUCACACCUAACCCCACAUGGAAACAGACAAACAGUCAGUGAACAGUAGAGUUUGACUCUCAACACGUGAGAUGAGCAGCGAACAAAACUGAGAGUUUUGAACUGAUUUUCUGAACUGAACUCAUGAAGAAAUGAAGUUUCCACUGACAGUUUGUGUGUUUCUGCUGACGGUGAUCAGGUCACUGUCUGUGGACAUUACAGUGAGAGGAACGGAGGGAGAAUCAGUGAUUAUUAAGUGCCCUUAUCCAGGAGGAUAUGAGAGGUCUACCAAAUACUUCUACAAAGGACUUUACAGAGAGAAUGACAUUGUACUACGAUCUGAUAGAAGAAAGUCUAAGGACAGAUUCUCACUGCAGGAUGAUCGUAAGAGAUCAUUUACAGUGACCAUCAGUGACCUGAAGAUGGAAGAUGCUGGACUGUACGGCUGUAUCGCUGGAUGGGGAGAAUAUAAAAUAAUCCAGCUAAAUGUGAAUAAAGCGCCACAGAAGCCAAAACCUGUCCAGAUCUCAACAUCCACCAUUCGUCCAUUUACAAACACCAGCACUGAACACACCAGCACAGAAAGUGAGACAAGGACAACAAUAGGAAAUGCUACAUUUGAACAUCAGCAAAACACUGACCUGGCUUCUGUUGCUGGCGGUCUGGGUUCAGUUCUGCUGGUUCUGACUCUGUGUUCUGGAACAUUCCUCAUCCUGAAAAAGAGGAAAAGGAAAUGUGGGACAGGUUUAGUUCAGCAAAAUGUGCAGCACAAUACAGAGACUGACCGCAUGUAUGAAGAGAUUCCAAACAGUGACGUCACCGCGGUAACAUACUCAUCCAAUCAGACGCCUGCAUCACACCUUAACAACCGCCCAGAACUCUCUGCUGUUUACGUCACAGUAACCAAUCAGCAACCCGAUUUAAACCCCAGUCACACCCACUCGACCAAUCAGGUGACAGAUACAGACUGUGAUUAUUAUGCCACUAUAAAGUCACCUGACCCAAUACAGGACAGCAGGACAGAACUGAUCUAUGUGACAGCAACACAUCCACAAAAAAUCUCAACAAACGAGGGUCCGAUAUAUUCACUGAUCAAUGAUGAAUAAAACACUAUACACAGACAUUGUGAAUGAUAAAAAUAAAAUCUGUUAAUCUACAUUUCAUUACUGAACUGAUUUUUUUAAACACUUUUCUUUACUGUUAUCUGUAAGUGAAUAACAUUACUAACCAGAAAAGAUACUAACAACUAAAAGUUAUGUAGAUAAAAUGUAAAAAUAACAUGAAAUGUAAUAUUCUUUGUAAUUAAUACACCAUAUCCACAGUUCAAUAAAGCCAAUAAAAAAGUGAAAUAUA